AUGCAAGGAGAGCUUCAAACUGAAAGCAUGCGCUUCACCUUCCCCUUCAAUUACAACUUCUUCACCUGUUUUGACGAGUUUCUCAACGUUAGACGAGCCAUCAACUACUCGGAGUCUGCCCAGUCGCCAUUCUUUGCUGAGGUGAAAGCUAUGGAGGAUGAAACAGAGACGGCAGCGCCUCCAAAGAUUCCGCCUUCCCCACGGCUUCCCUGCGAUCUAGUGAUCCGCGUCAAGAAAUUCACUCUGGAAAUCAAGGACGAUCCAUUUGAAUGCAAACUCAGCGAUGAUUUCAUGGUUCUAAUGGACGAGAGCGUUGAACAACAGAAACGUGUUGCAGCACUGACCUCCCAGCUGGAUCGAAGUCGUCGGCCCCGUUGUGCAUCGCAGUCCCCAUCGGCAGCAGCAGCGGCGGCAGAGCUACAGGCCUGUCUGGAGCAGUUGGAAUUUCAACGUGCUACUGAAUACAUUGCGCGUAUUCGACGCUUCUAUUCGGGCUAUACGAUGGCUGACGAUCUCUUCACAUGGAGCAUGGAGGAUGCAUGCUUGAACAUCCUUGCUGAUGGUGCCUGCAUAUCACCACACAAAGUGAUUGAGGAGAUUCAAAGGCUUGACGACGUCAGUCCUUGGAACAACCUACAACCAUCCGACUUCAAUCAACUCUGCUGCCGCCGUGUGCAUGUCGCGGUGGGCCAUUUCCAAUGGCAACUGCGAGACUACUCUAAGGCCCUAGUGGACGCCACUGAGGUUACCUUGACAGGAUCUGUUGCGGUUGCAACUCAACGCUCGAUGGACCCUCGGAGCCAACGCGACUGUAAGGUGGAUCUAGGCUCACCCUGGCAACCUUCCAGCAUCAACGUUGUGCGCUAUGUCUCACCAACGAAAUUUUUCUACGAAUUGUUUGCUGAUGUAAAAGAAAUGUCCCUGUGCUAUGGCUCUAAUUGGGAGCCUACUCUUGCGUGGUUAAACCUGCGUCUGGACGACAUCCGAAGGGCCUCAGUGGACCCCUCAACUCCGCCACUGGGGUGGUGGGACCGGGUCCGACUCAUCUAUCAUGGCCGCCUCGGCUUCACGUGCACGCGCUUCUCUUGGCUCUAUUCGACUAGCCUAGAUCCCUAUAACGCCCACGAGUUUCUCACCUUCCAGUGGACCGCUUGCACAUUCGACUGGAUUCCCGGUCACAUCUUUGUCAAUGGCGACCUGGAUUUGUUUUUCCAAACAACCUCGAAGUAUGAUGGAGUGUGUCACGUCCUGCAGAUACCUAAUCUCAAUUUCGAGGCUUCAAUGGAUUGGCUCUCCUUCGGCAAUCAAUUCGACCACCAUUCGGUUAAAGUAGUCAACGGUGAACGAUUGGGCGCUGAUGAACUUACCCACGAUUCCUACGCAAAUUUUCGUGGAAAUCGCCUUCUGUUGGGUCUUGUCUUUAGUGUUGCUGAUGUCUCGAAUACUCAACCUCCACGAUGUUUCAUCUAUACCAACCUGCUGAAGCUAUUUGAUCGUCUCAAAAUGUGUCUCUCCCGCAUCUCGCGUCCAAUCCGUCGCGGGGCCAUCUUCAAUCGUAUUCGUCCACGAAAGCCUCUCUUUGGGCAACUGCUUCAGUCGCUCGCGGUUUCAGUUCAAAUGCCAUGCCUGGAGGUAACUUACUGGGUCUCCUACAACAAACGCCUCGGGGUUCACGCAUGUAGUGGUCCGUUGGACCUCCACGCCACCUUCGGUGUUCACGUGGAGGGUGAGAGGGAGGCAAGAACAUCAACGGGUGCCGUAGUCUUUGUUUUACCUCCUCGAAACCCACAGAGACGUAUUGCACCACAAUGGAGUCUUCAGAGGGUCGAUGCAAGGCUUCUUAACUGUCGUGCGUGGCUCCUGGACCGCCCGGAUCGAACGGCGUUGCAUUUAAUAUCGCGUGCUGACGGGAGCUCAACCGACCAGGAUGGUCUUCUCUCUUCAUUUCCACCCAAUUCUGAGUUGCUUAUCUUCUCAUCCAUUCAUUUUGAACGAGAGCUCAAGAGCCAAUUCGACUUACCAGCCCAACCCGUGAGAGUUCAAAUUCCCGGUCUGGAAGGUUUUAACGAAGAAUGUAGUGACGACACUGGACCUGUAGAAUCUGCGGACGCAAGAAGCUUUGUAAAUGAAGACUCGUCUUCGGCUUCCCUCGAACGUCGGCAUACUCCGAAAAUCCAGCUAUCGCAUGAGGAUCUGGAACCUGUCCAUCGGGUGGUGGUGGAGAACCCCAAGAUGCGAUGGAAUGAGACUAAUCGUAAUCUUGUGUACACCAUGAUGAACAUGUACAACCACGCACAAACGCUCAAAAAGAAUCUCUCGGCGCAAGCAUUAAAGGGUAUUUCUCUUGACAUCACAAAUGGUCCCACUGUUCCACCAUUGAACUCGCUGCGAUCUCGUAACGAAGGCGAUGGCGCAUCGAUGUCCUCCCGUGACAACGACGCGGAACCUUCAAAGUCUUCAACGUGUGUUGACGCGGGCACUUUGACGGAGGAGGGGAAGGCGAAUGAGCAUUCCCCCACGUCAUCGUGCAUGAAUACAACGGGAUCUGACACCUGGUCAGAGGUGCCGAUGCUGGCUAAAUUGGUGAAAGAGGCAGAGACGGCAAAGUUUUACGCCUAUUGCGAAGAAGAGCCUAAACAACCAGAUGUGCUAGAUCAACUUCAAGGCCUCUCGCUGUGCACCUCCAGUCCCGUACUCUCGCGUCAGUGGCACAUUGAACUCAGCAAUUGCCAGGUGAUGUUGAAACCCAGCGACUGUGCGGGCUACGUAAUCGUCUCAGCAGCGAAGGCCCGACUGGACUCAGUUGAACAUCCACCUGUCUGGCGUGAUGCUCGUCUCCUCUCCAAGUCCAGUCUUAUUGGUCAGAUGGAGUGUAUGCAGUACUACGCUACCGUCAGUGGUGGAGGUCUUGAGGCUUCCACACCAGACCAAUGGUUGUCACCCGCAGAUGUUCGCGACUGGCUACGCCUAGGUGCGGACUUUGGCCAGGACGCUCUCUCUGGUCGCCCUGAGGUGGUGGGAUCCGGUCAUGCAGUUGGUGGUACUGUCAGUGCCGUACCCUCCGUCACCACCCCCACUUCUGCCACUGCCAUUCAACUCCAGCGUAUGGUCUCACGGUGUGCCUGUCAGUUUGUCUACGUCACCUACGCACCCCUAGUUCCGACUAGCCUACCUCCUGGUCAUUUCGUCCCCCCAUUGCCCUCAACUGAGGAUGACUCGAAGGUUCUUCAGAGUCAGGAGGGUGCUGACACCUUUACACUACUUCAUAGAACUCUUGAGCUCUGCACCAAUUCGUUGCAAUACAGUAUGGUCUUCGACAUUGUCAACAAUCUCCUGCUCUACGUGGAACCGCAACAAAAGGCAGAGCGGUUUGAGCGCAACCGAGUGGGUCUAAGUUUGUUGGGUGAGCGAGAGCUGCGACAGGCCAUCCUGCGCGACCAAGAGGCGUUGCGUGGCCUUGUAAACACCCAGCGUGCGCACGAGCGCGAGUUGUGGGCUGCGCUACGUCUCCUUGAUCGCUCCCUCCGCGACGCUCAAACCGGUGCUCCUUCCUCUGCCGCAUCUACCAAACAGCUCUUUUUGCCAGUGUCGCGCUUAUCUCCCUCCACUUCUGCUGCCAUAAACUCUCCCUCGUCUUACAUGUCACCUGCGCUUGCUGCGCAGGCGGAGCAAAUUCUGGCCUUUGAAGAGCGAAUUGGGCAACUGAAGGCAAGUAUUGUGGAGAAGAACUCGCUGCUAUCUCAGAGCAUAGCUCACUUUCAGAAGGUGCACGUCCAGUCGCAGCGAUUACAGGGCGGACAGAACGUUGACGUGGCUGGCUCCGACACCACUGGAGGUCGGCAAAGGGAGAUCCGUCCAGGCUUAGUAGGCAAUACCAGUAAUUCAGAGGGUAAACCCAACCCAGCAGCGCCACUAAAUUCGUCUGCUUUCACGACACUCCCAACAACCGUGAAAGUAAAGACAGAUGCGUGUGUCUCGAUGAGUGGUAGUGGAGUUGCCGGUGGUAGUGGGACGGAACCCUCUCCUGAAGCAGCGGCAGCGGAGGUAGAGGCGGAGGUGGUACGACGCGAUGAGGUCUGCUUUGAGCAUGCUCGAUGGCGCAUGACCGAAGCUGAUGGACAAAUUGGUCUUGCCGAUGUGGAACUGCGCGGCUUUCUCUACGCACGCACUCAUCGACGUGAUGACUCGGGCUCCCACUGGCUGCAGCUAGGGUCAAUGAGAGUCCAUAGCCUUGCUCCAAACUCUUUUUACAAGGAAGUAUUGUUACCAGACUGCGGCAGCAGCUAUCACCACACCGGUGGACCGAUGAUUCGUGUUGCCUGUACACAGCGGCCUCCGGUUGGCGGCAUCUCUGUCAAGGAGGUGAUGGAAAUUAGCGUUGCUCCCCUUGUUCUCCAGAUUAGCAAGACAUUCUACAGUCAGCUGAUGCCUUUUUUCUUCCCCGAACGCGCCAAUGAGGAGGGCUCUUCCUCCUCCACCGUAGAACAUGCCGAUGCUCUGGAUCCCUCCACCUCUGUAAGUAUUGAUUUUACGGCAUCGUCGGAGGACCUCCAUGAUGGCAUAGAGUCACGGAUUAAACGUCGCAACAAGCAAGGUGGCAGGAUUAUCUCUAGACUGGAUCCCAAGACCUGGAGUGGACGCCUUUUGAGCCAUUCGGGAAAACAUUCCGGGCAUCAUCAUCAACAUCAACCACAACAACGAUUUAAAGUGUCCGUGGAUGAAAACGUCCCUGAAGAGGGUAUUUCGGAAGUUAACCCGACUUUAGAGCAGAGUGAACGUGGAGGCUCUGCGGGUUCCAGUAUCGGUCCUGAGCUUUCGUUGCUUCCUCUCGAUGUGAUGAGGGAACGUGCCCGUAGAAAUCAUGUCUUUCUUUACAUCAAAAUCCCUGGCUUUCCCAUUCGACUAAGUUAUAAGGGUGACAAACAGAAGAAUUUGGCAGACGUGACCAAUUUCGAAUUAAACAUUCCAAUGUUGGAAUAUCAUAAUCGUCUUUGGACAUGGCUCGACUUUGUCCUUGAAGUGAAGAUGCGUAUUCGGCGUCAGUUGAUCAAGGAGGCAAUCAUCGCUGACCCCGGGUUAAAUUUGGUUAUCACUGGGUCAACCAACCUUUUGGCGAUUCGAACACUCUCCGACGUGAUCAAACAGAAGUUGCGCCCACGUCGAGCACUCUCCUGGCACACAGGGCAUCCGUCCUCUAGUGAUCACGUAGCCUCCGUAGGUGCCGAGGUUGUUGAUGUCGGCGUCGAAGAGGAACCGAAUCUGGAGGGACACUAUCACAGCAACAAUUCCUCCUCCUCUGCCAGUGCCUCCAAUGCUCUCGCCGCUAGCAGCCGUCGGGAGCAGGAGGUUCUCAAGCUCAUCCUCGGGCGGCAUGCAGCCGAGCAUCCCCAGCAGCCGAGUAGUCGACGGAAAUUUCGUGUGUUUCGUUGA